AGUAUUUAUCUUGUAUAUUUGGACGCCAAUGCAAGCUGCUGUCUCGACGUUUGCAGUAUCAGCUUCUGACUCCUUGUGCAAAAAUGUGUAUACUGUUUUCGUAUUGUGGUGAUAAUGUUGCGGAGAGUGACUACCAGCUGAUUGUAGCGGAGAACCGAGACGAGUAUUAUGAUCGGUCAGCACUUAACAUGUCCCUAUGGAAUGACUCGAAUGUUGUAGCAGGUCGGGAUCUGGGAGCCCCUGAUGGUGAUGGCACUUGGCUGGCCGUAUCUCCACUAAGGAGGAAGCUUGGGGUUCUUCUUAAUCUGCCAUACAGUAAGAGGGCAGAUGCAAAAAGUAGAGGCAGAUUGGUUACAGAUUAUGUGCAAUGUGAUUUGUCUAUUGAAGAAUACAUUAAGACAAAAGAGGACUAUGUUAAAGAAACAAAUGAAUUUGUUUUAGUAACUUAUGACUUUGGAAAGAAUACCAAAAUGAACACAUAUACAAACUCCACUAACCAACUGCAAACCUGGGAGUAUACAUGCCUGGGUUUCUCAAACAGUCUCCCGGAGAAGCCCCUAACAAAGGCUGUAGCGGGCAGGAGGGCCCUUUAUGAUAUAUGCAGCAGACUCAAUAAGGUUACUAUGAAGCAGCACUUAAUAGAGGAGCUACUUACAUUGUUGAAAUCAAAGGAACAACAUUUACCUGACCAAGAAUUACAAAACAGAACUCCAAUGUAUCAACAAUUCAGUUCAAUAUUUGUCACUAUACCAGAGGGCAGAUAUGGAACAAGGACCCAUACAAUAGUGCUCUUAACAAAGACAGGGCAUUUAGACAUCAUUGAGGUAAGCAUGCAGAACCCGGUUGACCUUGAAAACCCAAAUUGGAAGAGAACAGAAUUCCACAUGGAUUUAUAAUCUAGCUACUUAGUAAACCAAAUGUAUGGAUUGUUAUGUUGUGAAAUAAAUUAUUUUAUAUUCUAAAUUUUCA